GCGAGAAGGAAAGUUGCUGGGUGGACAGUCGCAGACGCUUUGCAGGCGAUGUCGGGGUGACUGAGGUCACAGCAGGACCCCCGAGACCUUUCGUGACUUUAGCAGCGCGCAAGUGGCCUGUCCUCGGCGGCGCGCCUUGGGGUUCCCCCGGCUGCCUGCGGGCUUUGUGGAGGACUGGGGGUGGGGCGGCCUCGCUUUUUCACUUUUGCCGCAACAACCAUGUCGAAAGCAGAGACUGCGGCCCCUGCGGAGGCCCGGGAACCCGGCGGCAGGGUCAAGUCCGGCAGCCCGCGCCACCCGCUGGUGGUCGGAGCAGUGUCGGAGGACGAGGAGGCCCAGGGUGCUUUCAAGUCUAUGGAUCUGAAUCGUGUCAUCAAACUUCUUGAAGAGACUGAUAAAGAUGAUUUAGAAGAAAAACAACUAAAAUCUGUGAAGAAACUGGUGCAGUGUUAUCAGAACGGACUUCCUCUCAGGGAUUUAGCACAAAUAUUUAAAGUUCUAAAUCUCUGUGCAGAAAAAAUUGAAAACCAGCCUUCUUUUGUAGAAUCUGCAUGUAAUAUCCUAAAAUUAUGUGGCCUGCCAUUUUUGAAAAAGAAAGUAUCAGAUGAAAUAACAUAUGCUGAAGAUACAGCCAAUUCACUUGCACUUCUAGGUGACUUAAUGAAAAUACCAAAUUCUGAAUUAAGGAUUCAAGUUUGUAAGUGUAUUGUUGACUUUUAUCAUGCAGAACCACCAAAGAAACACAUUACAGGUUAUCAACAAGCUAAUUCAUCAUAUAAGAUUCAAAUGGCUGAAGUUGGAGGAUUAGCAAAAACAAUGGUCCAGUCACUGGUCUUACUCGAAAAUCAACUUAUUGAGAAACUUUGGGUACUUAAAGCUCUGCAGCACCUCUCAACUUCUGAAGUCAAUUGUACUUUAAUGAUGAAAGCACAAGCAGCCAGUGGGAUCUGUACUCAUAUCAAUGACCCAGAUCCUUCUGGACAGCUUCUGUUUCGCUCAUCAGAAAUACUUUGGAACUUACUGGAAAAAGCUUCAAAAGGAGAAGUUAUACAACAACUUAGUAACUUGGACUGUUUGCAGGCCUUAAAGGAAGUAUUUAAAAAUCUGUUUAUUAAAGGUUUUAGUAAUUAUGAUCGUCAACUUAGAAAUGAUAUAUUAGUGAUCACUACAAUUAUAGCUCAAAAUCCUGAAGCACCAAUGAUUGAAAGUGGCUUUACCAAGGACUUGAUACUAUUUGCAACCUUUAAUGAAGUUAAAAGUCAAAAUCCUUUAGUGAAAGGUAUUAAGCUCUCUAAUUCCCAUGAAGAUUUUGAGCUAAAGAAAUUGCUGUUCAAUAUAAUUGUGAUCUUAUGUAAAGAUUUAUCUACUAUACAGCUACUAAUUGAUGGAAAAGUCAUUUGGGCUUUGUUUACCUAUGUUAAAAAGCCUGAGAAAAAUAAAAUAAUUGAGUGGUCUGCAGCACAAUAUGAAGAAUUACAAUUGCAUUCAAUUGCCACUUUGUCAUCAGUGGCCCCUUUACUAAUUGAAGAGUAUAUGUUAUGCCAGGGAAACGCCCGGGUCCUUGCUUUUCUAGAAUGGUGUGAGAGUGAAGAUUCCUUUUUCAGUCAUGGUAACAGUUUUCAUGGGGCAGGUGGCCGUGGCAACAAGUUUGCCCAGAUGCGUUACAGUUUAAGACUUCUGAGAGCCAUGGUCUACCUUGAGGAUGAAACUAUAAAUAAUGAUCUUUGUGAAAAAGGAACAAUUCAUCAACUAAUAGGAAUCUUUAAAAACACAAUAAACAAGGAUAAUGACAGGGAAGAGGCUAUUCUUUUGGAAAUUCAAUCUGAUAUAUUGCUUAUCUUAUCUGGUCUUUGUGAACAUAGUGUUCCUAGGAAGGAAAUUUUUGGAAUUGAAGGAGUGGAUAUAAUUCUUCAUGUAAUGAAAACAGACUCCAAGAAGUUACAGAGUGGAUUAGGCUAUAAUGUUCUUCUUUUUAGUACAUUGGACAGUAUUUGGUGCUGUAUUUUGGGUUGUUAUUCCUCUGAGGAUUACUUUCUUGAAAAGGAAGGCAUUUUCCUCCUUUUGGAUUUAUUGACAUUGAACCAAAAAAAAUUCUGUAAUCUGAUACUUGGAAUAAUGGUUGAAUUUUGUGAUAAUCCCAAAACUACGGCUCAUGUCAAGGCUUGGCGAGGGAAGAAAAACCAAACAGCUGCCAGUCUUUUAAUUAAAUUGUGGAGAAAAGAAGAGAAAGAACUAGGUGUGAAACGGGAUAAAUACGGGAAGAUCAUUGAUACAAAGAAGCCUCUAUUUACUAGUUUUCAAGAGGAACACGCCAUCAUACCACUUCCUGCUAACUGCCCAACGAUGGCAGUUAUGGAUGUUGCUGAGAAUAUCAGAGCAAAAAUAUAUGCUGUGUUGGGCAAACUAGAUUUUGAAAAUUUACCAGGCCUAUCUGCUGAAGAUUUUGUCACCCUCUGUAUUAUACACAGAUAUCUUGAUUUUAAAAUUGGAGAAAUAUGGAAUGAAAUACGUGAGGAAAUAAAACUAGAAAAGCUAAGACCAGUUACUACAGACAUAAGAAAUCUAGAUAUUAUUACAACAGCAUCAGAAAACAUUGGAAAAAUGGUUGCCUCUCUGCAAAGUGAAAUGAUUGAAAGCCAAGCACGCCAAGAUAUGCAAAAUGAACAAAAAGUAUACUCAAAAAUACAAGCUACACAUAAGCAACGAGAAUUGGCUAAUAAAUCAUGGGAAAACUUUGUGGCUAGAACAUCAAAUGUUAAAACUCUGAAGAAAGCAAAAAGACUGCAGGAAAAAGCUAUAGAGUCCUCCAGAUACAAUGAUCGACCUCCAAAUGCAAUAUUUCACAGGACUGAUAUUAAAGGCCUUAACACAACGGUACCUUCUGGUCCAGUCAUAACAGUGGAAAGUACUCCUGCUCGACUAGUGGGAGGACCUCUGGCUGAUACGGAUAUUGCUGUUAAAAAACUGCCUAUUCGGGGAGGAGCUUUACAGAGGGUAAAAGUAGGGAAAACUGUGGAUGAACCAAAGAGGAGUGCUCCUACAUAAAAUCCUCUAGAGGCUUUCCAAAAUAAGGUCUACUUAUACUUUUUUAGUCAAAUAUAUCUUUCUAUACAAAUAUAAGACAAAUAUUUUAGAAUAAAUUAUUGAAUAAGAUACUAUAAAAUAAAGCACAUAUAGUUUAUUUUUAUUACAGAUAUAAGUGGAUAGCAUCAGAAAGGUUGUCAACAAUUUCUUUGGAAAGAUUACCAAUUUUUAACUGAAAUUUAAAAAAAAUUUCUAUCCAUUAAGACUCUUCUGAUUGUAUGUGAACUACUCCAACUUGUUUAAGUCAAAAGUUUAAGUAAAAGUAACUUGUUUAAGUAAAGUUCAUUUUUAUAGAUUCUAUAGCUGUCAAAUUUAAGAAUAAUUAAAACAUACUAGCAUUAUUCGAUUAGGGACUAAAGCUAUGUGAAUAGAAUCUUAUUCGUUAGCAGCUCAUACUUCCCAGGUCAUUAUCUAAUAGAAAAAACUGCAUAUACAGCCAGUCUAUUGGUACCUACCUUUGCAUCUUGGGAUCCCUGAUUACCCACUCUUGAUCCAUUCACCAUGACUUUGAUCAACUGUAAGUACUGUCUGUUCCUGGAGCCAGAAGCAGACCAACCCACAUUCAAAGUAUAUGAAUGGAAUGAGGGAUCAGGAUAUUGUUAUAUUGUUAUCAAGAGUACACAUCACUAUGGAGAAAACAAAGUCUGUCAAAGUAAGAUAAUUUAUCUCUGCUGCAAAAAGAAAAUGUUUAUCAUGAGCUAAACAAUAAAAAUUAAAAGUAAAUAUAAGGUGAUUUUACUUUUAAAGUCACUAAAACACAA